AUGCACGGCAUCAAGCCCUUCAUUGCCUUCGCCGCUCUUGCAGGCACAUCUCUGGCUCAAAAGUCAGACAAGGAGUUCUGUGACGCAUUUUUUACUUCUUUUCUUUCUGUCAUCCUGGAAUCCGAUGCCCCAACGCCUACGGGAAUUGCCUCCUGGGUUGCCGCGCAAACGCCUGUAACCACUGCUCCGCCCAUCAGCGUCCUUGAUUUCGCAAGCCACGCGCAAGAGCUUUGCCAUCUCGCAACCGAACUCCCUUCGUCUCUAUUGCCCGAGUUCCAAACCUAUGCCGCGGAUCUCUUGAGCUGGGGGAAGGAGUUUAGCAGCGAGCACGUAGCAUACGUUACGGACUGCGCUCCGGAAAGCGAGGUUGCCAGCAGAAGCAGCUACCUCGAAUACGUCUUCACAGCAACGGGCAACAUUUGCACUUAUACGCCUGCUCCCGGCAGUACAUCAGGCGGCAGCUACCCAACUGUCACUCCCACUCCUACGAGCUACUCAGGCUCUAACAGCUCCACCACAUGGAUUGUCACGGCCGCUGCCGCCAAGCCCACUGGCGCUUGCUUGGGCGCCGCUGCCAUGGGCGGUAUUAUUCUUGGUGCUGCGGCUCUACUUUAG